UCGUCAUCUGGUGACGUAAAAAGGAAGCGACCGAAAACGAACACAGUUAGAGCGAAGUACAUACGUCGUUAGUACAUUUCAAUCUAAUCACUAAAUACUUAAAUUAAAAACAAAAUGAGCGUGUCGAUGCCCCAGAAGCGAUAUUACAGGCAGCGAGCCCACUCGAAUCCAAUGGCAGACCACACGUUUGAAUACCCUGUCUGUCCAGAGGACAUGGACUGGUCCCAGCUGUACCCGGAGUUCUUCAGUGACCACCAGUCGACCCAAAAGGCUGCACAAGUGGAGUUUGCAGACAUCGGCUGUGGAUAUGGGGGACUUCUAGUGGAGUUAUCCCCGCUCUUUCCAAAGAAACUGAUUCUGGGCCUGGAGAUCCGUGUCAAAGUGUCUGAUUAUGUCCAGGACCGUAUCCGCUCCCUGCGUGCAGCAGAGACGGGCAGCUAUCAGAACAUUGCCUGCUUACGGAGCAACGCCAUGAAGUACCUGCCCAACUUCUUCUCCAAGGGACAGCUCAGUAAGAUGUUCUUCCUGUUUCCUGACCCGCACUUCAAGAAGACCAAGCACAAGUGGAGGAUCAUCAGUCCCACUCUGUUGGCCGAGUACGCCUACACACUGAGAGUAGGGGGUUUGGUGUACACCAACACAGACGUGGAGGAGGUGCAUCUCUGGAUGGUAAAACACUUCAGUGAGCAUCUGCUGUUCACACGGGUCCCCGAUGCAGAACUGGUUGAUGAUGUCAUCAUCAGUCGCUUGGGAACAUGCACAGAGGAGGGGAAGAAGGUGCAGAGGAAUGGAGGGAAGAACUACCUGGCAGUUUUCCGGAGGGUAGAAGACCAAAAUUGAAACCCCAGUUUUACAGACAUCUCAGAUGGUUAAACUGAACAUUUUGCCUUGCUGAUAGGAGUACCAGCUCUUCCCAUGCAAGGACAGAAAAAUGGAUGACCAAAAUGACUGCUAGCAAAGAUUGUCUAUUAUAUUGGCAAGAUAGUCAAGUGACUCCUCUAACAAUGGAAAUACAUGUCCUCAAAGAUGGAAGGCAGGCCGGAGGAGGCGAGAUUAGGUGGGACCAUUCUAGGCAAUGUGAGAGCAGAUAUGAGAGAGCAGAUGUGUGUGAACAACAUGCCAUAGAGAUAGAAGACUCAUCUUUGUAUCUAUGCCAUAAUAGCGUCUGUGACAGCUUGGGCAUCUCCAUCUUUAAAGUAGUCCAUUUUUAUCUUCUUCAUUGGCUGAUUGCUCCCAACUAAUAGGAAUCCCCACCCAGUUGACUACUUUAAAAUGGUGUCAUCAAUUGCAAUUUCCAUGCUAAAAAUGGUUAUAUCCAUGAUGAGUCCUCUAUCACUGACAACUGGCUGAAAUGUUGCCGAAAUGCCAUGUCCACUUGUAACCGUUUAUUCGUAACAACCAAAACAAUUACGAAACUUCUAUUAGAUCAAAUAAGCCAUACAUAGCAAAUAAUCAAUAAAAAAGCGUUUACCAAAUUCGACACUCAUUGACCUUCAAAGAUUCCUAACUUAGUGGGCUUAUUUUCAUGGUUGGAUUUUGGGCUGAAUAAAACCUCUCACUUUGCCUCUUCCUCUCUACUGCUAGGUUUUCUCCAGGGGUAAAACUGGGCUUGUUCAUCCCGAUUGGUGGACAGUAAUAUGAAUGUGUGGUCAUUGGUCAAGGGUUUAAAUGGCCAAACUGAAGCAUCCACCAUGGCCUUUUGUGCCUGAGUUGAGAUUGUGAUUCUCUGUUUUAUGUAUUGUUUUUUUGACUUAUGCAAGAAGAUCAACACUUUAGCUGAAAGAUUAGUGGAAUCUGUGUGGGUUGCUGGACAGGUAGGAUGACUGACAGUGAAGGUGAACAGGUGGUCACGUGUCAGGUGACAGAGGAAUGUAUGAGACUGAGGCAGGAAUUCCUUUAACCAUAAAGUGGUAUAUUUACUGAGUAGUCUGUGCUGCAUCACAAAGGAAACAAAUAACAUGUAUACAAUCAAAUUCAUAAUCAAAGAUCAAAUCAUAUCAGUCAUUAUUAACAUAAGUUAAGGAAUUCAACAGUCCAGUUCAUUAAGAAGUCAAUAGUAAUCAUCCGCGAGUCAUUUAGGCUCAUAACUAAUUAUCAUAAAUCAUGAAAGAAUACAAACAGUGAAUGGUUCUAUAAUCCCCAUGAUCAAAGUCAAUCAGUUAGCAAACAAUGACGUUUCUCAUUUCACGCUUUCAAUUGUCUUCAUGUGUACAUAUAAUUAAUUUCAAUACACUUGAACCAUAUCGAUUGCAUAAUUGGCCUAUGAGGAUCCGUAGGGCCGUGAUCAUUGACAAUUCACAUUACACAAUAUGUUUGAAGCUGCGCUCCAAGCCGCGCUCCGCGAGAAUAACUAUUAACAGUAACUGAAUGGCCCACUCUCCCGAUCGCCACUGAUAAUUCAGAUGAAAAGUAAGAGUCGGUGGAUUCAUGGACGCACAGAACUUCUGGAUGAGAUGGAGUUAAGGAAGAGAAAGCAGCGAGAUCAGGCGAUGGCAAUUUCCUCCUUUUAUGGAGUUGAGAUCUGUCGGGACAUUUCCACCUGACCUAAUUAAAGCGCCCCUGGCCCAGCUGAGUAAAUGGCAAUGAAUUAAAGGAGUAUUCCACCAACUCCAUGGGCCUUUUCUACAUUAGCCAUUAUUUAUACUCAACCUGUUGCUAAUUAGACUGCUCACAAAGGUGUGCUAAAUUGGAGAUUCAUCUGCAAUGAAGCUUUGUAUUGAUUCAUUAUACUUUCAUGACAGCAUGAAUAAAUAUUUAUUUUUCUCAUGCCA